AUGCCCUACCUGUACCGGGACUCGAAGCCGAGGCCGCCUGCGCUGCCCGGGGCCGCGCGUGCCACCCACGGCUCGGGGGGGGAGUGCCUGCGCAGCGGCGUCCUCUUCGAAGACCCUGACUUCCCCGCCUGCAACUCCUCUCUCUUCUUCAGUGAAAAGCCACCUAUUCCCUUCAUCUGGAAGAGGCCUGCGGACAUUGUCAAAGACCCCAAGUUUGUCCUUGAAGGAGCCACAAGAACUGACGUUUGCCAAGGGGAUCUUGGUGACUGCUGGCUACUAGCAGCCAUAGCUUCUCUCACACUGAAUGAAAAAACACUAGCAAGAGUGGUGCCACUGGAUCAAAAUUUUGGGCCAGAUUAUGCUGGAAUAUUUCACUUCCAGUUUUGGCAGCACAACGAGUGGCUGGAUGUCGUGAUUGAUGACCGAUUGCCCACCUUCAAAGGCCGAUUGGUUUUCCUGCACUCAGCUGAACACAACGAGUUUUGGAGUGCUUUACUAGAGAAAGCCUAUGCCAAGCUGAAUGGCAGCUACGAGGCUCUGAAAGGAGGCAGUACAAUAGAAGCCAUGGAGGAUUUCACUGGGGGUGUAGGAGAAAUGUAUGAGGUUAAAAAGGCUCCUGACAAUCUCUAUGAAAUCCUAGAGAAAGCUCUGAAAAGAUGCUCAAUGGUGGGCUGCUCUAUUGAUACCAGCAGUGCUGCCGAGUCAGAAGCCAAAACCCCGUUUGGCCUUAUAAAGGGCCACGCUUACUCUGUGACUGGCGUCGAUGAGGUGAGCUAUCGGGGCCAGCAAGUGCAGCUGAUAAGGAUAAGGAACCCCUGGGGACAGGUGGAGUGGAACGGCCCUUGGAGUGACAACUCUCUGGAGUGGUGUUCAGUCAGCCCACUGGAGCAGAGACGCCUAUCUCAGGCAGCACGGGAUGAUGGAGAGUUCUGGAUGAAAUUUGAAGACUUCAAAGUGCAUUUUGAUAAAGUUGAGAUCUGCAACCUGACUCCAGAUGCCCUGGAAGACAACACUGCCCACAAGUGGGAGGUGACCAUCCACCAGGGGAGCUGGGUACGGGGAUCCACCGCAGGAGGAUGUAGAAAUUUUCUAGAGACUUUCUGGACAAAUCCACAAAUCAAGCUACAUUUGACAGAGAAAGACGAUGGACAAGAUGACUGCACAUUCAUAGCAGCACUGAUGCAAAAGGAUCGCCGUAAGCUCAAGAAGCUUGGUGCUGAAAUGCUAACCAUCGGCUACUCUAUUUAUGAGAGCCCUGGCAGAGACGGACACUUGGGCAAAGACUUCUUCAGGUACCACCCCUCCAAGGCCAGGAGCAAAACCUACAUUAAUUUAAGGGAAGUAUCUAACCGAUUCAAGCUGCCACCAGGAGAUUACAUUCUUGUUCCGACCACAUUUGAACCGCACCAGGAGGCAGAUUUCUGCCUGAGGAUUUUCUCUGAGAAGAAAGCCAUCACUGAGGAUCUAGAUGAAAACGUUGCCAUUGAUCUCCCUGAGCCUCUAAACCCAACCCCAAGCCCACAAGAAACUGAAGAAGAAAAGCAGUUCCGGGAAUUGUUUGAGCAGAUUUCAGGCAAGGACAUGGAGAUAACUGCAGAAGAGCUUGAAUAUAUUCUGAAUGCUGUAUUAAAAAAAA